CAGUCAUUCAAUGACAAGCGUAAAAAGAGCUUCAUCUUUUCACGAAAAUUCCCAUUCUACAAGAACAAGGAGCAGAGUGAGCAGGAAACCAGUGAUCCUGAACGACAUCCCCGGAUUAGGUGACGACGGUUAUGGAACAAAGACUCUGAAACAUGUUUCUUCUAAUGCCAGCGAUAGCGAAAGUAGCUACCGAGGACAAGAAGACCUCAUUCUUUCCUAUGAGCCUGUCACAAGACAGGAAAUAAAUUAUACCCGGCCAGUGAUUAUCCUGGGCCCCAUGAAGGAUCGGAUCAAUGACGACUUGAUAUCUGAAUUCCCUGAUAAAUUUGGCUCCUGCGUGCCUCAUACUACGAGGCCAAAGCGUGACUACGAGGUGGAUGGCAGAGACUACCACUUUGUCAUUUCCAGAGAACAAAUGGAAAAAGAUAUCCAAGAGCACAAGUUUAUAGAAGCUGGCCAGUACAAUGACAAUUUAUACGGAACCAGCGUGCAGUCUGUGAGAUUUGUAGCAGAAAGGGGCAAACACUGUAUACUUGAUGUAUCAGGAAAUGCUAUCAAGCGGUUACAAGUUGCCCAACUCUAUCCCAUUGCCAUCUUCAUUAAACCCAAGUCUCUGGAACCUCUGAUGGAGAUGAAUAAGCGUCUAACAGAGGAACAAGCCAAGAAAACCUAUGAUCGAGCAAUUAAGCUAGAACAAGAAUUUGGAGAAUAUUUUACAGCUAUCGUCCAAGGAGACACCUUAGAAGAUAUAUACAACCAAUGCAAGCUUGUUAUUGAAGAGCAAUCUGGGCCUUUCAUCUGGAUUCCCUCAAAGGAAAAGUUAUAAAUUAGCUACUGCGCCUCUGACAACGACAGAAGAGCAUUUAGAAGAACAAAACAUAUAUAAUAUACUACUUGGAGGCUUUUAUGUUUUUGUUGCAUUUAUGUUUUUGCAGUCAAUGUGAAUUUUUAUGAAUGUACAACACAAACUGUGUGAAGCCAUGAAGGAAACAGAGGGGCCAAAGGGUGGGACAGAAAAGACACUGCAGUGUGCAGGAAGGCUUUGGUUUGCUCAAAGUGCCAGGUGUAGGGAUGAACUUCUGAUGGGCCUUCUGCCCAGGAGACGGGCAGCUUCCUCACCCCAGCAGAUGUCCAGAGCUGAUUUAGCUGCUGAGCUCUCUGUGUUUUUUGCUUUAAAGAAAAAUUGCCAGCACUCGAACCUCACCAACUUUCCCAUUACCCACAUCUGUAGUUGGUACACUUCGAAUUUUAUAACUAUGCACCUCCUUUGGUUUCUUAACAAGCAAGUGAAAGAAAGAAGGAAAAAAGAAAAGAGUCCCUUUGGAAACGGCAUACUAUCAGGAGAGGAUAAGUAUGUGGUUUCUUUGGCACCUGCAAAGACCAGCAUUUCAUAAAAUUCACGAGUGUGUGGAGGACUAACCUUACUGAGAGGAGGGAAUCCCACCUGGGAUUAGCUUUAGGAUUGUUGAUGGUCUAUUUUGCCAUUUAUAAACUGAAAGAAGGCAUUAAAGACGAGAAUAAUUUAUACAAUAAAAAUAUAUUAAAUGUAUAGAAAUGAAUUUCUAUAGGUUAAAAAGUUUUGUGAAAUAUUUUGUAAAGACUAAUUAAUUGAAAGACUAAAUGUAUGCACUAUCAGCAGACGGUCAAACUCACGAACUGGAAGUUGCACUCUCCUUUUCAUUUCCAAUGAUCCAUUAAGAGCAUCUGAGUUCCUUCCAAGUCUGACAAAGACUUCUCACUUACUUACCUCUCAUGAUCUCCCUUCCACAUUAGUGAUACACUCUCAUGGAGCACAUCUCUUAAUGAGUUGCCCUCAUGGAUAUUUGGUUAAUGCAUAUUUAAGCUGAUGGCUUUUUUGAGACAAACUCAUGCAAAUGAUCUUAAAGGGAAGUUUUUGCUUUUCUCUAGUUAAUUAACCCAGGCCUGCCAUGCAAAUAGUUGAAUAACUUUGUUCCUAGUUACUUAUAUACAAUUCUUAAGGACCAUUUAGUAUUUUGGCUAACCAUGAGUAAUUAGGAUUAUUAUUUUUUUGUUUCACAGAGUAACUGAGAGUUUUGUAACAGCCAGAGGUGGUAUUAGAGCCAUGGGGAGAUCUGUCCCAAGAUGCACUAUUUCUUUGAGGAAGAGAGAGAAGUAUGUGGUUGGGGGGUGAGGAAUGCAGACAUUUUUUAUUUCUGUGUACAGACAAAGAGAUGGAAUCACAAGGAAAGACAAUUAACAACUUUGAGCUCAACCAAUUGAACUGCCUUUCUUGGGGCUGCACCUGGACCAAGUUUAUUUUUUAAUAAUUAUAGUAAUGAUUAUAAUAAAGAAACUUCCCAAAGCCUA